AUGUUGAAGCGAUAUCCAUUCACGACGACAACCCACCAUCAUCACCAACUCGAGAUACAACCAAAUAAGACCCAAUUUACAAUGGCAAACCCCGCCAAUGUUUCCGGAGCCAAGAGCUCAACCCUCUCAACACUCUCAACAGAAGACCAGUUUUACACCGACAUCGCCUCCAAGAAUGUCGAGCCCCUCUGGACCGUCCUCAACAAGAUGGUUCCACCGAAGCCAAACCCCAGCUCGGUGGUCACCGCCUGGCCCUACGAAGACCUCCGACCCGUGCUCAUGCAAAGCGGGAUUGUCGUUUCAGCAGAGGAGGCAGAGCGUCGUGUGCUCAUGCUGGUAAACCCUGCCAUGCAGGCACCCUACACCACCGACACCAUCUACGCCGGUCUUCAGCUCAUCCUGCCAGGAGAAACCGCCCCUGCUCACAGGCACGUGGCCUUUGCCCUGAGGUUCAUCGUCGAGGGAUCUCGCGGUUUUACCGCGGUGGAGGGGCAGAAGCUGAUGAUGGAGCGUGGAGAUGUCAUUCUCACCCCGUCUUGGCACUGGCAUGACCACGGCAGUGAAGGUGAUGGGCCGAUGGUGUGGUUGGACGGCCUGGACUUGCCCGUGUACCGCUUCCUCCCUGUGAACUUUGCCGAGAACUACGAGGAGGCAAGAUAUCCCAGUGAGCUGUCUGACAACAGCAACUGGAAGCUCCCCUGGGCUCCGGUGCAAGCUGUGUUGGAUGAGAAUAAGGAGACUGAAACUUAUGCGCGGUAUGACUACAAGUCCGGGGGUCAUGGGAAGUACCUGUCCAAGACUAUUUCUGGGCAGGCGGAGAGAGUCAACGCCGGGGCCUCCACCAAGAAGGUGAGGGAGACGGUGUCAUUUGUGUAUCAUGUGUAUGAAGGAGAGGGGUACUCGACUAUUGUCUCGCCGGAGGGAAAGGAGGAGAAGGUUCAGUGGAAGGGCAAGGACACUUUUGCUGUUCCAGCGUGGAGCACAAUCUCUCAUACUUGCACGCAAGAGUUCGGGAGUGCAUAUCUGUUUGCUAUUAAUGACAGACCGAUGGUUGAGUCUUUGGGAUUGUACAAGAGACAAGAGCUGAAGUAG